CGGGAGUCGCGUUUCUCAUUUGUUGUUUUGUGAUGCUGCGUGCGCACUUGACAGUGUCAACUGUCAAUCGACAAGCGUUAGAAGCAACAGUACUGCGUCAUCUGCUGCCGCUCUGUCCACUGUGAGUUGUGGUUCAGGAAGUGCCGACGAUACACGCUUACAGCCUGAGAUGUCUGUAAUAAAUUUGAAUCCACAGCAGUCAGAAACCCGGCGUGUGGCCAUUCGUGACUUGCCAGAUGAGAUUUUAUUAAAGAUCUUUUCUCACAUGUCAGUCAGUGAGCUCGUAGGCACUGUACAGAAAGUGUGCUCUCGCUGGAAAGUGCUGUCACAAGCUGCACAGUUGUGGACUGAUAAGAUAUAUAGAAUCGGGACCUGGUGUCGCGUAGGCACAUGUAUCGGGAAGAGUGGAAAUCCCGACCAGGAGGUGAUAGAGAUUUUCCGCAGUGCUCCAAACUUGAGGAAGGUACAUAUUUGGCACCCCAUCACGUACAGUGUUCUCUGUACGCUCUACACCAAUUGCCACAGACUCACUGAACUGCACUUGGAUGGCAAGCAAACACUCAGCAGCUCGGAGCUGAAGAACUUAGUUGAGCAGUGCCCCAGAAUAAAAUCGCUGAGGGUACCCUGUGAAGUGAUGAAGACUGAGGAAUCAGUAGAGGCACUGUCUGGUUUGCAACACCUCCGUGUGCUUUGCCUGGGACAGCACGAUUCCAGCAUUGAAACCCCUCUCGUGCUGCGACCAUUGGCUUAUAGCUGCCCAGAGCUAGAAGAAAUUGACUUCAUGCAUACCUACAUCAAUGUGGAAGACCUGAAGUUCUUCCUGUAUGCCAAGAAGAACACCCUUAAGACCAUAGGCAUAAGGUGGACAUUAGCCGGUAAUAGGUGCGUCCUCCCAGUGCUUGCGUCCUAUGCUGUCAGCUUGGAAUGUUUGAGGCUUUACAAGUUCAUUGUCUCGACCGUGCCAGCAACAGAGGUGGAGAAUUUUACUGCUCUGCUGAGGAUGAAGAACUUGCAGGAACUUACAAUGACGGCCAUAGAGCCAUUUCCUGGCACAGUUGUUCUGGCAUUUAGGGACGGAGGGCUACAGAAACUGAAAGUGCUGGAUCUACGAAGUUCAAAAAAUCUGUAUAAUGAAUCAGUGAUUGGCUUCUACCGUGCAUGCCCUGUUUUACGAGAACUCAAUCUGAGUUUUGUCAGUAUGCUGUCUGAUGAUGCGUUCUUUGAGAUCUACCAUUUGGAACAUCUUGAAAAACUGGAUGUGUCAUAUUGCAGACGUCUCGGCGGAGAGCUGAUCCCUCGCCUCACAUCACUACCCCAUCUCCAUACAUUAGUGAUGAAAGGGUUGGACCUUUCACAGCUGCAACCAGGUCUGGGCAGUAUUGUGGAGUUGUCCAAUUUGCGCUGUCUGACACUCAAUCAUUCCAUUGUUGCUGGAGUACCGUUUGAUAAGUUUCCGGGCAAGCUUGUCAGACUCAGGGAACUGAAUAUCAAAUGGUGUCAGGGUGUUCCCGAAGACUGGAAAAAGCUGACUGAGCAGAUGCCACAACUCAAAAUUGACACAGAAAUUGCGGCAGAACAGAAUGUUGUUCCUGGCAGUUCAGGGAGUGUCCAUGACUGGCAGUAGUGGUGAUAGGGAAAGUGAAAACUAAGUUAGAGGGAAAGAGAGAUACAGGGUGUGAUUAAGAAGUAGUAGGACUGAUUUUCUGUAUACCAGACAAACCGAUAGAGGGGAGGCCAACUGGCUGGGUGUGGUGCGAGGGGCAGGCUGUGUGGCCCUUGGAGGGUGAGCACACUGUCUCACAUGAACUGCUGUGAAGUAGUGUUGCCACAACCAGUGUGCAGACUUCAACAGAACUUCUGAACUGUGGUGUUUCCAGUAUGACCUGGAGAUGAAACACAAAAGUUCAGAAUGGCAUGUUAACUUGCUUCUUCACUUCUUCAUCCAAAGAAGGCCUGGAUGAGCAAGUCCAAGGUGAAAACCAUGCUUCUGGUCUUCCUUGAUCAUUGUAGCGACAUCAACGAGGAGUUUGUACUCCCUGGACAAACUGUGAAUGCAUAGUUUUACACAAAAGUGCUAGAGGUUGCAAAAAUGAAUCACUGGAGCAACUGGACAUUGCGCAUUGCUGGAAGUACCACCAUGACAAUAUGCCGUGCCACACCAUGCUGUCGGUGCAGGAGUGGUUGGCUCAGCAAGGUGUUUGCCCCAUUUCCUCACCUGUCUACACCCCAGACGUGGUACUGCCAGACUUCUUUCUCUUUCCUCGUCUGAAACAAGACACGAAGGGGCAGCAUUUUGAUUCCAUUGAAGACGUCAAAGUGCUGUAACAAAGAUUCUUUUUUUGAAUUGUGGAAUUGUGGUUUAUUGGUCUCAUAACAUACAUAAUCAAAAUCAUUUGAUUCAUGUACAGGAGAUAUGUUAAAAGUUUGGAAACUCUGUGACUGUGAAAGUUUAUGGUAAAGACUACUACUUUCAGACAUUAUAUUUUUAAGGUUCUUAAAAGUCCUAAAAGAUGAAGCUGAAGUGUCAUUUUACAAACGCUUGACUGGAACAAUGAAAUUUAUGACAACAGAUGAAAGAAGUUUUGUACCAGAGACUUAUGUUGUAUUGAAAUAACCUAAUAAAUUUCAAUUAAAAUCUGCUCGAUAUGCAAAUGCGUGUUCUUUCAAUUGUGAUUUGCAUAACUUCACAUCAUAUCGGCUGUUUAUCAGUCUUUUGAUGAUUAUUUUGAGUAUAUAACUAAUUGUUUGCAUUUCUUUAUCCUAUAUUACAUAGUACGAAGCACUGGAUAUUGUUGUAAUAUAUAUUGUGUUUUUCAAGUGAAUACCAAUAAAUGUCAGUGGUCCAGUUAACCACACUGAAUGGCUCAGUUAAGUGGACCACUUGCGACUAUGUUACACUUUGUUCUCUGCUUUUUUAAAUAUUUUGGU